CGAACAAAGGGAAAUUUUUCUUCCUGUAUUCAGAAACUUACCUUCCAGUUUUAUUUCGUUUUGCUAUGAGUAAGCAGCUGAACUAUCUUCUUAAAUUCCUAUUAGGCUUAUGGCUUGUCCUAGAGAGCGAGGGGACUUGCAAAAGUUCGAAUACGAUCAAAGUAAUCGAACCUGUGUCAGACACGCAAUGGUUUAUCGCUGCGAACUCUCACAGAGUUGCAUGGACUCAAUCCGGUCGUUCAUUCCGCUGGAACAUAUUUCUUUUCAAUGCCAAGGGGGAUACGGUAGCAGAUAUAGCUAAGAUGUUGAGUGAAUAUGAGGAUGGAGAGAUGGGAUUCGAUUGGUUAGUUCCUGAGAGGAUAGAGAGCGGUCGGCAUGCUGUUAAGGUUGAAGUUGAUGGUGAUGAAGGCUGCUUUGGGACGAGCCAAGAAUUCACUAUCACCGAAGGCAGCCCAUCACAAGCCGAAGUAUUUUUGCCGCCAUCUACUAAUAUACUGGACGUCACAUCUCUGACAAAUUCAUCUGACCCAAGCCCAACCCUCCCCCAUGAACAAAAACACAUGCGCCGUCUCAAAGUCGAAGCGGAAAACUUCGCUGGCAUCAACAUGUCCGAUUAUUGGCCAUCGUCCGUACAUUGCACAAUCAAACGAGUUAGUAACCCAAGCAGAGAGGAGUUCCUGGAAAACUUCAUUAAUCCAGGGAUACCUGCUAUUAUCACGCAAGCGAUAGAUGAUUGGCCAGCCAUGACCAUGUGGGACUUCGAUAAACUAGAAGGUCAUCUUACAAAAGGAGUCAAGGUAAACAUUUUAGACCACCCCUCCCCCUACAAACGAUGGAACUCACUACGCCAAAACUUGGCUGCCUCCCUACGCGACCCCCCUCAGGUUCACAUGACAGACUUCCACACAGUUUACCCACAGCUUAUGGCCGAUGUUCGACAGAUGGACAUAUUUCCGGACAAUGCGGACUAUAUGCAGUUCGUAGACGAGGAUAUCAAGCCUGCACAGCUUUCACUUCAAAUGGCCCCGCAGAGGUCUGGGUACCACUGGAGAGUUGAGCAGUAUAAUGGCUCCCUGUGGAGUGCUCUCGUACGUGGACACAAGCGAUGGGGUCUCUACCCCCCUUCGGUCUACUUCCCACCAGGCGUCGUGCAUAAUAAUCACCGAGCUCAAGACUCACAAAGCUCGGAGCCAUUCACGUGGUGGGCACAUACACAGCCUCGACUUCGCGCUGACCGACGGCCAUCGGAAUGCGUUCAGAAGCCUGGGGAGAUCCUUUACAUCCCGUCCGGGUGGUGGUGGAGUCAUAUCAACCUGGAAGACACCAUUACCUUACAGCGCUGGUUUUGUGACCGGCGUUCCUUGCGCGCCUGCCUUGACGAGCUAAAAGAACAAUCCGACACCAGCCCGAAAAACUACAGUGGUGACAUUUUCGUCCAACUACGUCAUCACUUGAAAACGCAUAGCCCAGAAUUCCUCACUGCCGAUGAUGAUGACCAGUUCCAGUCUCCCGUGAGCGGCAAGGGCAGGACGUACGAGGAGUGGGAGAGGGACUUGGUCGCGGAAAGAUGGCAGGAAUAUUUUGGAAAAUAUGAAAUUGGGGUCAAUUCUGGUGAAUUUGAUGAUCAGUAAUACGUCGGCGAUGCGAAACAGAAUACAAAUGAGUGACUUUAGUUAAGCUUCUUACAAAACAACACCAGCAUACGGGUAAGGCGCGCAAAAGGUUUUGGGACUGACGAACCUUUUAGGUGGUCCGCAACGCCUUCGUGUCAAUGCGCUGCUAAGAGCUUCAUAGAUAAAGGUUAAAUCACUCUAUAGAAGUUUAUUUUGAAUAUAACGUAUACUUUAUUUUCAAUACCAUGUAGAAGUAAAACAAUGUUAUCAAAAAAUAAACUCAGCUCCUACUCGAAA